GAGGGCGAGGAGCAGGAGGAGAAGGAGCAGGAGAAGGAGGGAGUCCCCCUGCCCAAGGAGAAGCCCCCCGCGCCAUGAGCCCCGACGAGAAGCCGCCGCCCGGUCGCUCCCGCGGUGACUGGCCGCCGCCGCCACAGCCACAGCCCCAGCCCCAGCCCCAGCCCGGUGCCGGGCGAUCGGGGCGGCGGGGCGGGUUCCUGGCCGAGAUCCGCACGCCCAUCCGCACGGAGCCCUUCCAGGAGCGGUACAGCCUCAGCCCCGGCCGGGAGCUCGGCAGGGGAAAAUUUGCAGUGGUGAAGAAGUGUAUCCAGAAAGACACUGAAAAAGAGUUUGCAGCAAAAUUCAUGAGAAAAAGAAGAAAGGGCCAAGACUGUCGGAUGGAAAUAAUCCACGAAAUUGCAGUCCUUGAGCUGGCACAGUGCAACCUUUGGGUCAUUAACUUGCAUGAAGUUUAUGAAACUGCAACAGAGAUGAUUUUAGUCCUGGAAUAUGCUGCUGGAGGUGAAAUCUUUGACCAGUGCGUGGCUGAAAGAGAGGAAGCCUUCAAAGAAAAAGAUGUGAAACGACUUAUGAGGCAGAUAUUAGAAGGAGUUUCAUUCUUGCACAGAAACAAUGUUGUUCAUCUCGACUUGAAGCCCCAAAAUAUUCUACUAACCAGUAAGUCCCCUCUGGGAGACAUUAAGAUAGUAGAUUUUGGUCUUUCCAGAAUAAUGAAGAGCAGCGAGGAACUAAGAGAAAUUAUGGGAACUCCGGAAUACGUCGCUCCUGAAAUUCUGAGUUACGACCCAAUCAGUACAGCAACUGACAUGUGGAGCAUUGGAGUACUGGCAUAUGUUAUGCUAACAGGGAUAUCGCCUUUCUUAGGGGAUGAUAAACAAGAAACAUUCCUAAAUAUAUCUCAAAUGAACAUAAGUUACUCUGGAGAGGACUUUGACCUUGUAUCAGAGUCUGCUGUGGAUUUCAUCAAAACUCUGCUGGUUAAGAAACCCGAGGAUCGGGCAACUGCAGAAGAAUGUCUUCAACAUCCAUGGUUAGCACAAAGUGAUAAUCCUGCUUGCAGGGCCUGGAGUAAGAGUGCAGGAGGGGAGACCAGUGAUGCCACCCAGAAAGAUUCAGAUUCUGCCUCCGAAAAAUCAGUAGAUGCCGAGAAGACCGAAGAGGAAGAAUCAAUAGUGACAGAAGAACUCAUUGUAGUGGCUUCAUAUACACUGGGACAAUGUAGGCAGUCAGAAAAAGAAAAAGUAACUGAGCAGAAAGCCAUUUCCAAACGAUUUAAAUUUGAGGAACCAUUGCUGCAGGAAAUACCAGGAGAAUUCAUUUACUGAACUGUGUGAGUGAAGCUUCAUAGCUAUAACUGGGAGGCAAUGUUUUCUACUAAACAAAAGUAUCCUAGCCAAGUGAAUUUCUGAUAUGCAAUAAAUGUUCUAGAUAAAAGACAGUGUUGAUAAAUGGCAUACAAGGAAAAUGUGCCAAGUUCUUAUUUUCAUGGAACAGAUAAACAAGAUUUCAAGUGGCUGGAAGGAGUUUAACAAAGAUUAUAAGCUUAUUUUUGUUUGUAAUUUUUAUUUCCGGGUUUUUUUGUUGUUGUUGUUGCUUGGUAACAGCGUUUUUGUUAAUUGUUCCAGUGUUCUGGAGAAGUUGACAUUGGAAGUGUUUCGGUGACAGAUGUCAAGAGGAGGAUUUUAGGACAUGUUUUGCCAUUUAAUGCAAAUAUAUAAUGCUGGGUUUUCCUCAGAUGCCUCUUGGCACUCCUGACUUUAGUGGAACUAUCUGCUGAUCUAAAACUUGUACGAGAGGAGAAUUUGAUCGACUGGUUCGACAUACACACGGUAUGAUUUUGAAAUCCUUAUGUUUCUUUGUUUCCAUCAGGAAGAUGUAAACAAAGACCUGGACUCAUAUGACAUAUGCCCAAACACUGGGCUGCUCUUCUCUAGGAAGAGAUGCUCGUGUCCCACAGGUAAAGGAAUCUGUGCUGGAGAUACAUCUUUAUUUGGGAGCACAGUAAAGUCCUGCUCCUGAAGAUGAUGUGUUGGCUUAAGUCAGUCACUCAUGAGGCAGCUGAGAUUGCUCCCUUCCCCUCCUGUGCUGGGUGAGAUGUGCCAGUAGAACCCAGCUCAGUGUGACUGAGAGGGGAAAAGAAUUACGGAGUCUGAUGUAGCUCCUCUGAAGUUAUUGAAGUUCUCUCCACUACUUCACCAUGUUAGAUUAGACAGUAUGUCCAACUAAUUGAUUCCACCUCCCUCAGCACUUGGCUGUGGUUUUACUGGGAGCAUGAGGUCAUUUCUGCCGUCUCUCUGUUCCUCUUUCUUCCUUUAAGGAAGAAAGAAGCAUCCUUAGGCUAAAUUGCAUUAGCUUGUUCAAUAUAGCUAUCACAUGAGGAAGAACAUACCGGUUCCCCUGGAACAACAAAGCACAGCUAAUGCCUCCUUCCUCCUGAUCACUCCCCUUCAGACACUUGGAUAAACAGCAUGUUGUGUGGUGGGGCAGAGUGGGAUUAGGGAGCAGUAUGGAUGGGUCACAGUUCUCAAUGGACGCGGUCCCUCAGAGGACAAAUUUAGAACCGACUGGGCAUCAAAACUGAGUGGUUUUUGCAAUGUACAAAUCUGAGGAUCUUGGACUGAGUCCUAGUUUUCUAAGAAAUCUUUCAUAUUGAUGCUGUUCCAAAGUUUAAUUUUUAUGUAAUUUUGAAGUUUAGUACUAUUAUAUUGCAUACCGUUAACUAUUCAACUAUUUAUUUGGUUUCCCUAUGCUGUUCCUUUAUAAUAAACUGACAAAAGUUUCCUUGCUAUAAAACAAUGAAUAGAAACUCUUAAGCUAGUUUUUUUCCCUCUUUUCCAUGUUGCUACAGACUUUCCUAAUUUCAGAUGUAUCAAAUGUUCUUACUCUGUUCAGUGAGCAGGAGUUCAGGGCUCUGUGCUAAGAUUUCAGUUCCUCCUUCACACAAAAGUUAAAUGGCUUCUUAACAAGAGCAGCAGUACUGGGGUGAUCUGAUCAGCAGGGCUGGAAUGGUGGGG